UAGUAUAAUUAUCUGACAACAUAACGGAAAGGAGAAAUGAGCGUCUGUGUUUACCUUUAGCUGGAUUCGGACAUGUUCCUCUGCCUGUUGCUGCCUGUCGCUCUUUAAUGAAGGGAACUUUUUAGCCAACUGCAAGCCGAGACUUGGAACAAAUCUGGGUCUUGACCGGGUUAGUUGUGCAGCAUAAGUUGGCAUUGCGAUCUAGCCAGGUUAAAACAAAGCCACCUUCGUGACAAAGAGAACUCUGGCUUCGGACUCAACGUACCUCACUAACCCACUAAUCUUGCUUCCUGUUACAGCCCUCUGUUCACAGACUGUUAAUUUAGAUUGUUCCAUUAGAAAUAAACUGGCCGAUAAAGAGCUUUAUUCUACAAUAUAACAAAAAAGAAACAACAUUGUGGUACUAUUGUAUAAUCAGGGUCUAAACUAAUAAAAAGGAUCAUUUCAAGUUUAUUAGUCACUUUGAAGAGUCUCUUAAACCUAAUAGGAUUUGGUUACGGGUAUUAUUUUCACUCAGAGGAUAGCAAAUGGGUAGAGAUGGUUAUUUUAAACACUGGAUGGAGAGGAAAAACAGGAGCGUGUGGUUCGAAGUCAGAUGGGGGUUGGUAAAAUGAGGUUAAGCCAUUUUGUGAUGGAAACUACAGUAAAGCGAAAACUCUUAACCAGCUGUUGAUGAAACUGCUACACUGAGUCAUUGUAAAAAAUCUUACAAAAACUGAAAAUCUUCCAAGGGACAGCAUGAGGACUUCAAAAACUCUCCUCCAUUGCCAUCAGGGAGAAGCCUCACCAAAACAACUCAUCACAGCCAAAUUACAACGACAAUCUUCACUGUGCUUCAAUUAUUAUCACCGCUACAGCAGUUACUGCUAUUACUGCUGAGGAUAAGAUGAACUUUAAUGACCCAUGUGGAAAAUUAGAGACUUCAAUGUAGAAAUGUCUGUGCACAGCGAGCAGUGCAAAAGGACCCAAAAGCCAAGAGUGAGCUCAUCGAUUGUGCUCACAGACCACAUGACCUACAAAGAAAUAAAAAAAAGGGUCCUUAAGAAGUGCUUGUGUCAGUGUAUGACACUUACUCAACCACAGUGUUUCCUCUGUUAAAUGUGUGUCAUCUUCCUCUGGCUUUUUUUUUAAACUUCCCUCACUGAGUAAAUGUGGCAUUGCAUGUUUUGUGUCAAACAUUUUUAACUUGUUUUUGGUGAUAGCUGAUAGAGAUAUAUGGACUAUGGACAAUGAUAGACUUAGAUGUAGUUUGUUACAGCAGAUAAGAUGUGAGUAUUCGCAAUGUAGACAUGACUAGUAUUGAUUUCCUUCCUGUUUUUCAGAAAAGGAAGUUGAUCCUUUAUUGCCAAAUCCUUUUUUUCGCAGAGUGUGUGUGUGGGGGGGUAGAAAUGCAUCUUAUCCUCACUUUGGGACAUAGUUAUACAAUAGCCUACACACAUGCGUGGUCUUUGUUAUUUUUUCCUCUCCAUCUUGACCCAAGUGUCAGCCAGCACCCUCAAAGUCAUUGGCUUCUUUGGGCACAAUGUCACUUUGCCCUGUAGUUACGACACCCAAACUCACAGCGUCCUGGAUUUCUGUUGGGGACGAGGGAUGGUGCCCAUGUCCAAAUGCUCCAACACUAUCCUCUCCUCAGGGGAUGGGGUUGUGGUUUUCAGGGAGUCCCCCAGAUAUCAGCUGCUGGGCAGGGUGGCAGAUGGAGAUGUGUCACUGACCAUCCUGGAUGCUCAGUGGAGUGAUGCCGGUGUGUACGGCUGCAGGAUCGAGAUCCCAGGAUGGCUCAAUGAUAAAAAGAUCAACACAGAACUUGUCUUGGAGGAAGCUCCUGUGGAACAACUUGUUACCCAGGACUGGACACUGACUACUGAUAGAAGACAGGACACAUUGACAACAUCUGCUCCAAAUAAUGUACAUACAUCAACUGAGGAAAAAUUCAAAGCCUUCCUGCAAGUGGAAAACAUCAGCAGGGCUGCAAUUAUUUUCUUCUUGGGAGUAAUCAUAAUCCUCGUCUUUGUUUACCGGAGAAGAUUUCUGCCCAAGACGACACUUCAACAUCUCAACGCCUCAACUGCUGAGAACAUUUACGAAGUGUUAUGAAUUGCCCCUAUGAUGGAGUGCUGGUCAACAUAAUGAGGACAUAUGAGUGAAGAAAGCACUGCUAGCUGAAUGUGUCUUGCCGUGUGCUGACUCUAUCCACCUCCUCAGCUUUAUUGAGAAACCUUUUGAACCCAGUAAAGCAGCUUACAGGGUCCCACUAUUCUCAGAUAGCUCCGAAAAAGGCAAAUGUGUGUCAUGUGCGUCUGAGCAGAUGCAAAAAUAUCCUGCAGAUUAAUUAAUUUGCUUCUAUUUUUCUGUCUGUUUUUCAUGGCAAAGUUGAUGUCGCAGCUCUGAAAAGCUUGUGGAUGGUUCAUACUUGUGGACACAAUGCCACCUAUUGGACUCAGUGCGUCAUUAUCAAAAUGUUAAAGAAGAUUCUACUGUGAAUGCACUGUACAUUUACUGUGAAUCAAUCAAAUGUUUAUUUUAUUUUUUUUUUUACUAUAAUGGUUGGAUUUAAUGUGUGAAUUGUAGAUUUAAAAAUGGUUGAAUAACUUUGUAAAAUAAAAAAGACAUUAUGGACAGACAGUUUGUGUUUUGUUUUAUGAAAAUGCUAAAUCCACCUCACUCUUAACUUUCAGGUCCACAUGAAAAACAUUUCGGCCACCUUUGUAUCUGUUUUAUGAUGAAAGUGAUUGACAGCUCAGUUUCACAGUAAAAUUGUUUUUCAAUUCUCUCAGUGAGGUGACAGACAUUUAGUCUUUCUCUUUCUGUUAUACCUCCUUGUAAUAAGUUUUUUUUUAAUUAGUAUUAGUAUUAAAUUACCUUGUGUUGAACUGUGCUAUACAAAUAAACUUGCCUUGCCAACUUGCCUAUUAAUAUUAUGUGAGGAGUCAUUCAAACCCAUUCAUUUUCUUUGAAUUCUUGUUGUGGCAAAUUAAGUCAAAUGAAAGUGUGACUGUGUUUAUGGCAACUUUAUAUUUUGGGUGUGUUGUUUUUGUGUCGUUUUUUAAAUUGUUGUCACUUUAUGCAACUUUCCCCUUUACAGGCAUCUACUUUUUUUUGCGUCUUAGAGUUCAUUAUGUUACCCUCUAUGAGCAAAAUUAAAUAAA